AUGAGCACAGGUGUUUCCGAGACUCCGGAUCCGCCGACCUACGUGUACUCUGACGGAUCCAUCUUGCGCAUUGGCUUCUCUUCGCUGACGCAGAACCGGCAGUGGAGUGAUGGUGCCGACGUACCUGACUACAACCUUUACAUUACGGCGGACGACCGCGGCUGGCCCGAUGCAAUGAUGCCUGCACAG